UGUAUCAAUAAAAAGAAAAAAGCAAAGAAGAAAAGUUAUAAAAAUUCUGGUGUGGUGAAAUUGAUAUCCAUACAGAUAGAGGAGGAACAAACGUUUUUAGAUUAUAUUGCAGGAGGAACACAGAUUAAUUUUACUGUUGCUAUUGAUUUUACUGCAUCCAAUGGAGAUCCUCGUCAGCCAAACUCCCUCCACUACAGAGAUCCUCAGAGACCUAAUGCGUAUACUCUUGCAAUAAAAGCAGUAGGAGAAAUCAUUCAAGAUUAUGAUAGUGAUAAAAUGUUUCCUGCUUUAGGGUUCGGUGCACGAUUACCACCAGAUGGCAGAGUGUCUCAUGAAUUUUUUCUGGUAAUGUAUUAUAUUUCUGUGUUGUUUAUCUCUCACAAAGGCUUUAUAUCAAGCAAAAUACUAUAUAGUUAUGACUUUAUUUUUAUGAUGGGAGUUUGCUGUAGGCUAGUGGCAUGCAAGUCUGUCUGGCAGAUGGACAAGAAAGCAGCUAAACUGUGUGGGGAGCAUGUGGCUCGGUUUGCUGCUGCCUUUCAAGAAGGUUCCCAUUACUUCAUACUGUUGAUCAUCACAGAUGGGGUUAUUAGUGACAUGCCACAGACUAAACAAGCUAUUGUCCAGGCAGCAUCUCUUCCUAUGUCAAUCAUUAUUGUGGGUGUAGGCCCUGCAGACUUUGCUGCAAUGGAAGAACUGGAUGGAGAUGAAGUGAGGAUCAGUUCACAUGGACAUUUUGCUGAAAGAGAUAUUGUACAGUUUGUACCAUUUAGGGAGUUCCUAUCUGGAUCAAGUUGGAUUACAAAUCAGGCUAGAUUAGCUAAAGAAGUGCUUGCAGAAAUUCCAGACCAAUUCAUAGAAUAUAUGAAGAAACGAGGGAUUAAAGCUAAACUUCCACCUCAAGCUUCAGCUUCGCCUCCUCCAACAUUCAGCAGCAUAGCUGGAAGCUCAAGUACAACAUAAGUUGGACCUCUUCCUUCUUGGUGCAUGGAGCACUGAAUAUGACUGGAGCUAUUUCACUAAAUUUUAAGUUUAUCUGUUUUUCAUUCUGUUUCCCAUUUUUAAAGGGAUAUUUAUUGCAGCUUCUGCACCAAUUGUGCCUAUUUUUUUUUUCACCAAACAUUUUUUGUAUUUUAAAAGCACGAUUUCCAUCAUCUGGCCUAGACUGUCGAUAAAAAAAAAAAAAAUGAGUAUGGAGACAGGUAUACAUGACUACAUAGUCAUUUCACAAAAUGUGUCAUAAUAAGUCUUUUUCUCAAACAAGCUUUAAAACUACUCCCAAGUUUGCUGUUACCUGUGCCAUAUUAAAAUCCUGUUGACAUAUAUAUAUAUGGAUUGAUGUUUAUUCACGAAUACUUUGUCUUUGUUAAAUGUAAUUUUCAUGCAUAUAAUAUUGUGAAAUAUUGUAAGAACUUGUGAGGGAAAGCAAAGAAGAAUAUUUAAUACUAUGUCAACCACAUUAUAUCUGCCAUAUCCAGUGGCAACAAGGCCAAUAACAGACCUCACCAAGCUGGGUGGAAUAGGACAGAUAUGGUAAUUGUCUGUUAUAAGUUACAUGAACAACAAAUGUUAUGGUGUAAAACAGAUAAAGUAAAUGAAGUGUAAUUAUGAUGUCUCACUGUUUGUAACAGCAUGUAAUUUUAUGAAGUAUUUUAACCUUAAAGUCCUACUAUUGUUAAUGGCUUGUAGUGUUAUGGAGUACUUUAACCCUAAAAUCCCACUAUUGUUAAUGGCUUGUAAUGUUAUGAAGUAUGUUAACCCUAAAGUCCCACUAUUGUUAAUAGCUGGUAGUGUUGCGAAGUAUGUUAACCCUAAAGUCCCACUAUUGUUAAUGGCUUGUAGUGAUGCGGAGUAUGUUAACUCUAAAGUCCCACUAUUGUUAAUGGCAUGUAGUGUUACAAAGUAUGUUUUCCCUAAAUUCACAGUGUUCUUAAAUGUCUGUUGUGAUUGUUUUUAAUCUAAGUGUUUAAUAUAAGUGCCACUUUUAUAUAACUACUGUUUUGAAUCAUCCUUACAUUUUUGCAAUUGAGAUUUUUUUCCUUUGAUAAUAUUUUCACUAAAAGAAUAGAUAUAACAAAUAAAAGGCAUCUUUUGUAGGAAACAUAUAUUCAACAAUAACAAUAGUUUGCUAUCACAUAAUGCUAUAUACAGUGACUUCCAAAUUUAGAUGAUCAUUUAGUACAAAACUCUAAUAAGCUGACUAAAUUCAACAAGCAUUAGUAGAAGUUUUCCAAUAGUGAAUUGAGAUUUAUACUAGAUAUUUUUCAAUUCGUGUUUCAUGUUUGUUCUGUAAAGAAUAAUUUGACAUUCUAAGUGUUUUUCAGCAUAUUGCUGACUAUUCAUUUAUAGUACUUGUGAGUCCUUCAAUUUGGACCUAAGACUUUGUCUUUUACUUUAAUAAUUGUUUAUAUUGAAGUAUAUUGGACUUAUCUGUAGAACUUGUAUUUCAAGGCUUAGAGCUCACUUAGAUAUUCAUAUGUACAUGAACAAACUUGUGAAGAACAGAUGGGCUGAUUGUUAUGUAAACUUUCAAGUGGUCCUUAUAUCUGUAGCUUUUGUCCAUAACAGUAUUUACAAAGAUGCAACUGCCUUUUCUCGCACUUUUCUUAAAAGUAACAGUUUGAACACAUUAAGUGAAAGUACUAGGCUCUUUCAUCAUGGUGAAAUUCACCUGUUUUGGGGCCAUAAACUUGAGAUAAACAAAACUUUUAACGAGGUAAAAAGCUCUAGUACUUUCAUUUUAUCAUUCAUAAACCGAAGAUUUGAAUCAAUCUGUAUUCAAUAGUUUAUUCAGACCACAUAAACGUAUUUAACACAGAACAAAGUUUCUUGGCUUUACACACAUCUUGUUCUGAUCAGUGGAGUUCAUAUUGUGACUCCUGAUGUUAUGUAUAAUAUCCAUCUAUUGCUUUUCCAUUUUUAGAUUAUUAUAUUACUUGCUAUGAGGAAUUUAUUGGUGUUUUGAUGUGUGAUCAUAAGUUUUUAUAAACAGGAAGUAGGUUAAGUGAAAAUAAGUAUCUGGAAUUAAAAUAAAAAGAUAAAUUAUAAGCCAGGAAGUUAUAUAGAUUUUUAAUGUUAGAUAAUUGAUGGAUUAUUAUAAAACUAAAUUAUACUCAGUGAUGCAAAAGCAACACCAUUACUGUGGCCAUUAGUAACAAAUAUUGUUAUAACCAAAUUAUAUUAAUGUUAUAUUAUGUGCUUUUUUGUUGUUGUUUUCAAAACUAAAUUAAAAGUGAAUAACUUAGUGUAUGUAGAACCAAAAUUUUUUUUGUAACAAAGAAUUUUUAUCCUA